AUGUCUUCUUUUUUGACUGCUAUGUUAUGUACGACAUGUUCUGGUCUAGCGACCGCGAUAGGAGGGAUUAUUGUAGCUUUCUUUGGGGAACCGGAUUAUAAGAAAUUGGGGAAGAUGUUAUCCUUUUCAGCUGGUGUGAUGAUAUACGUUUCUUUUGUUGAUGUCUUGUAUGGAGGUAUUGCAACGAGUGGGUUCAUUACUUCCAAUUUAUCCUUCUUCAUCGGAAUGGCGAUCUUCUUGGCUGCGAUAUCAUACAUCCCCGAACCAGACAUGUCGAAGUUCUUUCCGAAGCCCAAAACAGACGACGCGGCCGAAGCAAAAGCGUUGAAAGAGAAAGAAAGUAUUCUCCUCUUAGGUAUAAAAACAGCGUUUUCUAUUUGCCUUCACAAUUUCCCGGAAGGAAUAGCUGUCUAUAUGGCAUGUUUGGAUGGCAUAGAAACGGGCAUCCCUUUAAUGUUGGUCAUAGCCGGGCAUAAUAUCCCAGAAGGUCUUGCUGUCGCCGCACCAGUCUACUCUUCCACUGGAAGUCGAUGGGAAGCAUUCAAGUGGGCCUUAAUCAGUGGUAUUUGUGAACCAUUUGGGGCGCUCUGUGUAGGGACUCUUUUCUAUCCCGUACUGACAAAGGGUGUCAUUCAAAUCACUUUGUGUGGUGUGAGUGGGAUAAUGGUAUAUAUGUCUAUCUUGGAAUUAAUACCAAGCUCGCUCAAGUACAUCUCUGCUGAGUUAACCGCGUUGUACUUUGCAUUUGGGAUGGGGGUGAUGGCGUCUGGGCUAUAUUUUAUGGAGUUGUACAAGUUAUAA